AUGCCUUUUAGAACUCUUAUCAAAGCCAACAAAUUAUCCGGAUGGAAAUGUAAAGCAUUGAAGAAGAGCAAGGCAUUACCAGAAUAUUAUGUAAGUGUCGAAAGCUGGAAUUUCGAUCAGCAUUCUAACUGUGUCUUAUACACAAUAGAAGUCGGUGUUUUACUUAAAAUCGAACAAGGAGAGUAUGUUAUGAUCUUUACAUUUGAGAAAAGGUAUAGUCAACUCCGUUCAGUACACAAAUCUUUAAGAAGAACAUUUAAUGAUCCUCCGAACCUUCCGAAAUUCCCUCCAAAGAAGAUAAUAGGUAAUUUAGAACGCGAAUUUGUUAAUGAAAGGUAUCAGCAGCUCCAUGAUUAUUUUAGUACUAUUCCUUUAUUAUUCAAAAUAGAGCAAAAUCAAGAAUUUAAGCAAUGCUUCAACUACCAAAUGCUGUAUGCAAUGUGGCGAAGCGGAGUCGAAGCUUCAAUCCACAAUACAUCGUUGCCAUUUCAAGGGCUUUGA